AUGCCCGCCACCACUACCACCAUCACCACCACUCAGACACUAUCUCCGACAACCCAAAAAUUCCUUCGCCGCAUUUCCCUCCAUCCAACUCUUACCCCCUUCCGCCGACGCGUCUACCGCACUCUCCUCUCCGUCCCCGAAGGGCGCUGGACCACCUACGCCGCGAUGGCAGCACAUCUCAAAUCCAGCGCGCGCGCCGUCGGCAACGCUAUGCGCACUAACCCCUUCGCACCCGAGGUGCCCUGCCACCGCGUCCUGGCGGCGGAUCGCACCCUGGGUGGGUACAAGGGGGAGUGGCGGGUGAGCAAGCACAAGGCAGGCGGAUCUUUUCGGGAGGAGAAGAAGAUUCGGCUGGCGGAGGAGGGGGUAAAAUUUGAUGUGACGGGGAAGGCAGGGGGUCAGUGUUUUACGGAUUUUGUAGAGUUGUCCUUGACGAAAUAA